ACAACUAAAUUAAUUAUUUUACUAAACUAUUCCGUCGUUGGUUUAUUUCCCGAUCAGAAGUAAAUAUUGAUCGCUGCAGAAUCUUAAACUCUGCUUCUCUCUAAUGGCGGCGACACAUCUUCACAUACCGCCAAAUCCUAAAACCCAAACGUCUCACCAAAACCCUCCCUUUUGGUUCUCUUCUAAAACAGGAAUCUACACCAGCAAAUUCCCUUCCCUACACCUCCCCGUCGACCCAAAUCUCGACGCCGUCUCCGCUCUUUUCUCACACAAACACCACGGCGAUACAGCGCUCAUCGAUUCCUUAACCGGGUUCUCAAUAUCUCACACUGAGCUACAGAUUAUGGUUCAAUCAAUGGCGGCUGGGAUCUAUCACGUUUUAGGUGUUCGUCAAGGUGACGUUGUAUCACUCGUCUUGCCUAAUUCCGUCUAUUUUCCGAUGAUUUUCCUCUCUUUGAUCUCGCUUGGUGCUAUUGUUACUACCAUGAAUCCUUCGAGUAGUUUAGGAGAGAUUAAGAAGCAAGUUAGUGAGUGUAGUGUUGGAUUAGCUUUUACUUCUACUGAAAACGUUGAGAAGCUGAGUUCUUUGGGGGUUAGUGUGAUUAGUGUAUCUGAAAGUUACGAUUUUGAUUCGAUUCGUAUCGAAAACCCGAAGUUUUACUCCAUUAUGAAAGAAAGUUUUGGGUUUGUACCAAAACCGUUGAUUAAGCAAGACGAUGUAGCUGCAAUUAUGUAUUCAUCUGGAACAACUGGAGCUAGUAAAGGAGUUUUGUUAACUCAUAGGAAUUUGAUAGCAUCAAUGGAGCUUUUUGUGAGGUUUGAAGCUUCUCAGUACGAAUAUCCGGGAUCGAGUAAUGUUUAUCUAGCAGCUUUGCCUUUGUGCCAUAUCUACGGGUUAUCACUCUUUGUGAUGGGAUUGUUGUCUCUGGGAUCAACUAUUGUUGUUAUGAAGAGGUUUGAUGCUUCUGAUGUUGUUAAUGUAAUUGAAAGGUUUAAGAUCACUCAUUUCCCGGUUGUUCCACCUAUGUUGAUGGCAUUGACAAAGAAGGCAAAAGGAGUUUGUGGUGAAGUGUUUAAAAGUUUGAAGCAAGUUUCUUCUGGAGCAGCUCCUUUGAGUAGGAAGUUCAUUGAAGAUUUCCUUCAGACUCUUCCUCAUGUCGAUUUGAUUCAGGGAUAUGGAAUGACUGAAUCAACUGCAGUUGGAACACGGGGCUUCAACUCGGAAAAGCUUAGUAGGUAUUCUUCUGUGGGACUACUGGCUCCUAAUAUGCAAGCCAAGGUAGUAGAUUGGAGCUCUGGUUCUUUCCUUCCACCAGGAAACCGAGGAGAGCUCUGGAUACAAGGUCCCGGUGUCAUGAAAGGAUACUUGAAUAACCCAAAAGCAACUCAGAUGAGUAUAGUUGAAGAUAGUUGGCUACGUACUGGGGAUAUUGCUUAUUUUGAUGAAGAUGGUUACUUGUUUAUUGUUGACCGUAUUAAGGAGAUUAUAAAGUACAAAGGCUUUCAGAUCGCUCCAGCAGAUUUGGAGGCUGUUCUUGUUUCACAUCCCUUGAUUAUCGACGCUGCAGUAACAGCUGCCCCAAAUGAAGAAUGUGGAGAGAUUCCGGUAGCAUUCGUUGUCCGGAGACAAGAAACAACACUUUCAGAAGAAGAUGUAAUAAGCUAUGUAGCUUCUCAGGUUGCACCCUACAGGAAGGUGAGGAAAGUGGUGAUGGUCAACUCUAUACCAAAAUCUCCAACUGGGAAGAUAUUGAGAAAGGAACUAAAGAGAAUUCUUACAAACUCUGUUUCUUCAAGACUAUGAUUCUUUCUUCAUUUGUUUGGUAAUAAGUAGCAGACAGAGAGAUCCACUAAUAUAGCCUUCAUAACUCAAUUCAUUGGUUUUGUAGCAUCAAAAGAAAUAAACAGACACAUUCUUUGAUUCUCAGUGAAUAAAGCAUUGUAACCCAAUACGGAAACAAAAAUUCUUUCUGAGCCCAAAAUGUAAUUUUAGCCUUAGUAUUUUAUUUACAUAAAAGUCCUUUUAAUCGUUGGCUAUUGCAUUUAUCGCCCA